AUGCGGGCUUCCCUCUUUGCCAUGGCGGCCAUGGUUGCUGGCACUUAUGCCCAGCCAACAUGUCCCGCGGCGGCGACCACCACGGUCUUCAUCACGGUUGACUCCAACAACGACCCUGGUCCCUCGAUUGUCGUUCAGACUGUCACUGCAACCGUUCCGUUCUCUGCCCCUUCUCCUUGGUCUCCUGCCCAAACUGGUUCCCCCGGUCUUCCGGCCACUCUCACUGUCACCAUUGACAGCUACGAUCCCCCUCCUGGAGGAUCUCAGUUCACCGGGCCCAAACCUUGGGAGUCUUCCCCUGCUACAGGCGCUCCUGUCACUAUUGUCACUGCCACUGUCUACUCCCCGGGUUCUGGCGACCCCAAUGGUGGUUCCCCUGGUUCUCCUGGUUCUCCCGUAUCCCCUGGUAACUCCGGCCCCGGUGGUCAAGGAACGACAACUGUUACGCUUCCUGGCCCUCCUGGCUUUCCUUGGAAUCCUUCUCAAUCUGCCACUACCGACUGCCCGUUUGCUACUGGUGAUCCCAAUGGCUCUGGCAGCAACACCGCGGGUGUCACUGUGAUCACCACGACGCUGUACAGGACAGACACCAAUCCAGGUCAAGCUACACCCGCCGUGGACUCGGUUGUUGCAACCUUCACAGUCACAUUCCCACAGCCUGCCGGAACUGGGUCGGUUCCUGGCUCUGCUGUAACGGACGGUGCUGUCGAUCCUGCGUCUGGCGAGCUGUUCACUUACACCCUGACUGCACCGGCUGCUACUGGCCCUGCCGUCACCAACGCUCCUUCUGGCCCCGACAAUGGCAAUGGGGGCUCUGUCACAGACUUCACUACCACCCUCUACCGGACUCGUCCUGACUCUGGUCAAGGAACGCCUGUCGUCGACACACUUGUCACCUGCUUCACUGUCACUUUCCCUUCUGCAAUCGGCACUGGACCAGUCACUGGAGUCCCUGCAGCUUCAACUCCCGCUCCUGGAAGCCCUGGCAGCGGCGGCUCUGUUGGUACCACGACUCGCUACGUUCCCACCAUGGUUCCUGGUCCAGAUGGUUCCUUGAGCUACUCCAUCCAAACCGUUGUAUCGACUUACACAGUUCCCACUCCCGGUUCUCCCUCAACAGGAGGCUCAGGUGUCACAACUGUCUAUGUUCCUGCUAGCCCAGCUGGCGCCACCACUGUGGUUGUCCCUGCCAAUCCUGCGGGCGGUUCAGCCGGAGGACCUUCCACGGUUGUCACCACAACUCUGUACGCUUCUCAGCCAACCAUUGGCAAUGGAAACCAACCUACUGAUUCUUCGGACCCGGGCAACAUUGUCGUGUUCACCUUGACAGUUCCUCAGUCUCCUGCCGGGGGUGCCUCAACUUACACCACGAUUCUUCCAAGCAUCCCGGGAGAUGAUGGUUCUGCUGGCCCCAGCUCUGUCUCUGUUUCCACUGCUACGAUUGUCCUGACGUUGCCAACGCCUCCUACAACCCCCGGAGAUACCACUCCUCCUACAAUCCCCGGCGGCUACGGUGACCCUGUAAUCCCUGGUGCAUCUGGAAAUCCUUCGACUGGUGUUCCCGGCUCAGGCACUCCUGGCUCCGGCACUCCUGGCUCUGGCACUCCUGGCUCUGGUGUUCCUGGCUCCGGCACUCCUGGCUCCGGCACUCCUGGCGCUGGUGCUCCUGGCUCUGGUGCUCCGGGCAUUCCAGUCACAAUCACAGUUCCCGCAGGUGGUGUUAGCCCUACGGACACCAACGGUCUUCCUGGUGGUGGGAUCCCCAUUACACUCACGAUUCCCGCAGGCGGUAUUUUCCCGACAGAUACGAAUGGCCUUCCCGGCGGCUACACUGAUCCGGCUGAGACUGGCGUCCCCCCCUUUGGCGGUCUGCCUGGACCACAGAUCACUGUCACUGUUGCUCAAGGAGCUCCUAAUGGAGGCGUCCCAACCACUGUUGCUGGCGCGCCAACUUCAGUCAUUGGUAGCUACUCUGUCCCUGUCGACCCUGCAACUGCUGCCGUCGGCUCUCAGAACUCGCCUACUGUCAUCACUCUCUGGCCGGCGCCAUCGACGGUUGACAAUGCUCUUCCUGGUGCUGCAACCUCGACUUCAUGCACCAGCUCCGAGUCCACCACGUCCACGACUGUGCUCACCACCAGUUUCAUCAACGUCGUCGCCGAUGAGACUACCACGUACACGUUCCCUUACGAGUCUCUCGUCACAAAGGUCGAUACAAUUGUCGCAUCUGCCUCGGACGUAGCUGUCACUGGCGGCGCUGUCACUGGUGGCGUUGUCACUGGUGGUGCUACUGGCUCUCCCGUUGUCUCUACCAUCAUUGGCGUUUCCACCAUUCUUGGAGUCUCUACCAUUGCUGGUGUCUCCACGGUCGGUGGCCCUGCCGUAACCGCAUCCACGGCCGAGGCCCCUGCUGUCACCGUCUCUCCUGCCGUCACUCCUUCAGUGUCUACUUGGCAGAGUGUCGUCGUUCAGAGCUCUUUGGUCCAAGUUUUCACCACUGGAGUCUUCACCUCUCUUGUUCAGCCUGGCGGGGUUCAGAGGCGUUAUGUCAACACAACUGCAACAUCCAGCACACCCACACUGACACCUGUUGCGACACCCAUCUGUACCGGCACCACAGAGGUUGGCAAUCAGGUUCUCGAUUUUGAUGACGUCUCGUCUGGCCCGCUUUUCAACCCUUACCACCGGUUCUGGUUCUCCAAGGGCUUCCUUGUUGGUCCUCCUCCGCUGAUGCCCUUCUUGCCCUCCUCUGGUGGUCGUCUCGUGGAGUUUGUGCCCCCAAUUCUGUCAAACACCUCUUCAGAUGACGUCUCCGGCGACACUGCGCAGAUCGGCAUGGGAAAGCUGGCGUCUUCUCCUUGCUUCCAAUUUGACUUCUUCGGCAUGAACCUAGGUUGCCACUCCGACUCUGCGGUUCCCAACCAGCUUUGUGUCUUCACUUUCACUGGAUACAGAUGGGAUGCGACCAACGCCACCGAGACAGAAGCUGUCAGCCAGAAAGCUUGGGUCAACGCUUGCGACCAGUCUUCCGGCUGCCCACUUACGCCUUUCUCAGCUGUCGAUUUCACCGAUCUCAGCUCCAUCCUGAUCACUCUGCAAGUCGAUGGUAAGCCUCAGGUUUGGUGGUCUGAUGACAUCCGCGUCGGCUGGAGCAAGAAUGAUUGCGCGACCGCCAAUUGCCGACAGCAGUUCCAGCCUGAAAACAUCCAGCUCCACGCAGGUCCUUUCUUCUACUGGACCAGCUCAGGCCUGAGGGUCCUGUCUUCGUCCAGAAUCAACCGGGGUUGA